AUGGAGUUGAGUUAUAGAUCAUAUCAAAAGGUGUUGAAUAUUUCAUUGAAACCAAAAGCAACUAAUGCAUGUUCCAAAAAGGCUUCCACUGUCGCAACCACAAAAAAAAUAGCCAAACCAAAACGUGACGAGAGCCAAAUCAAGCGUAGAACGAAAACUGGUUGCUUGACUUGUCGAAAGAGAAAGAAAAAGUGUGACGAAGAUAAGGUGAAUGGCAAAUGUCAAGCUUGUACCAGAAACUUUUUGGAUUGUUGUUGGCCAGAUCCAAACACUUUCAAAACUAAGAAUGUCAAACCACAACAACAACCACAACAAUCCACGGUAGUGAAACCACAAAUGAGUCCAAUAAUAAGGCCCAAGAAAUGUGAUAUCAAUUACUUACUACAAUCUCAACCGGAAGCUACAACUCCAGCUGUUGCACAGCCAAAAGUGCAUAUUCCAUACCCAAGUCCUACAUUAUCACCAGUGUUUGCUGAAAGCAAACCUACUACCGAGGUUAGCUCAUUUUCUUUGCCUCCCCUCUAUAAUUUAAAUUACAGGCUUCAAACCAAAGACAGUAAUGUGAGGUCAGUAUAG